AGAGCUGCUGCCUCGGAGCAGGAAAGCCACGCGUGCACCCCAGUUGCAAGGUUGCAAAUGCUCCCAAAGCCGCGCCCCCCCUUACCAAUCAUUAAUCAUCACCAGGCCGACAAGCGAGGGGGAAAAGGCCAAGUGUCUGCAACCCUGAAGCAGUGCUGACCGGAUCUGUGCAGUGGAAGCUUGCUCUGCCCCUGUCGAGGUGGACAGUCCUUUGGGAAGGUCAUCAGGACCCGCACACAAGAGGCUCAGCCUGCAGCUGGAGGUCUGAAGAGGGAGCUUCUGCUUAACUGGCAUCACCUCCAUCAUCUUCACCAUGCGGCAGGAAGGAUUCUGGAGUGCCUUGGAGUACACCUGCCGAUUGCUGGGCAUCACCACUGCAGCAGUGCUGAUCGGCGUGGGUGUAGAAACUCUACAGCGAGGGCAGUUCAAAAGCCUGGCUUUCUACCUGCUUUUUUCAGGGGUUGCAGUUACUGUCUGUGAAGGCUUCUUCUUUCUCAGUUUGUUCCUGGAGAUGUUCUUCACAUAUGAGCCUGACUCUUUGGCACAUUCCUGCUGGAAGCAAGCCAGACGCCCAGGGAGUUUCCAGAAAUUCCUGGGGUACACUCUGCUCUCGGUGGCUUGCUUCUUGCAUCCCGUCAUCAUCUGGCAUGUUACCAUACCUGGGUCCAUGCUAGUGCUCACUGCCUUGGCCUACUUCCUGCUGAGCAAGAGGAGAAAGACCCCAGGGCAUAAAGAGGCGCAUCCUGAAGCAGGCCAAUAUGUGGACCCUUCAGCCACCAUGGCAGCCCCAACCAUUGCUGGUGACACAGAGCAGACCUACACCUUCCACGAGGCCCAGAGGGAGCAGCAUUGCUCACUGCUGGGCCACAUGAAGAGCAUCCUGAAGGGCAGCAGGGACAGAAGUCUGACCUCUGCAGCUGCACUCCAACCAGAGGUCCCACCAGCCCCACGCAAGCAAGUGCACUUCCAGGAGAAAGUGGUGCAAAUAAUACCUUCUGUCAGUGAAAGCCUGGAUGACGUGGAGAGUGAGGCUGAAGAAACCACAUCAGACACAGCACCCAUCCUCACCCCUCCUGAUACCCCUGUCGUCCUUUCUCCCCUCAGUCCCACAGGACUGUUUUGAGGACUCACCAAGAACAAGGACAAAGCAGGCACGCUUGUACUGGUGUUCCUCCAUGAUAUUCAGGCAUCUGAUGGACCUCAUGCUAUGGGCAGUGCUGCUACAAUGACUAGACUAUCACAGCCUCCUCUGAGCAUGUUAUGGCCUGGCAGGUCAGCAGGAAAUCCCACAGGCCAACCCCGCUGCUAGCAUGGAGGAUGAGGGGUGGAGUGUGCAUCAUUUAUGCCCCAGCGUGGAGGGGUGGCCCUCCCUACCCUGUCUGGUUCACCUGUUCUGCAGGGACUGCCUGUACAAAGCAGGCCUACACCUGGUGAAAGGGUCUAUAGUGGUCUGUAGCCCUACAACACCAUGCCCACGGAACAAGCCAUGGAUUGACCAGCCUAUUGGAAAGUCAGUAAGAUUUCUUCUAGGGAAUCUCUCCCUAAAGCUUCAUGCAUUAUCUAUUACAGAAUGACACGCCAAAGCAGCAGCCCCUGCCUAAUAUCACAGCCAUGGCAUUUGCUUCCCAAGAGGCAGCAAGAAGGAUACCAUCAUCCUCUGAGCAGCCUCUGUUGGGAACAGUUGUCUUCUGACUGUCCUUGUUGUGCCUGGAAGAGCUCACGGAAGCUUGGAGUUAUCAAGCAUUCUUCUGGAGCUAGCACUUAAAAAAUGUUCUUUUUUGAGACAUGCUCUGAGCCUAGCAGGGGAGUCACCUCCCUGCAGGAGCAGGGAGGACACUAGGGAGCCCUCUGGAGCUUUGGGAUGCUGUAACACCUCAAGUUCCAAAGUUCAGCACUGCACUGUUCGGCAUAGCAGAUUGUGUUAAAUAUGGGCCCCAGAGAGCAAAGGCAAUAAUAAAGUUACAGUGCUGCCUCACCGAUCCCCUCCAA